UCCCGAACCUAAGCGUAUGAGGAAACGGUAUAUAUAUACCUGUAAGUACACAAGCUGCUCUCUCUCAAUCUCAAAUCUCUUUCAACUGUUAGUCAAACUGGGAUUUUGUGGUAAUCAGAUCAGGCGGUUGUGGUUGGGUUCUCGUUUUUUGAUCUCCAAGACUUUUCAACAACGAGAAAUUCAUUCAAACACCAUCAGUCACCACAAUGCCUCGCUCUUGCAAGAGAAAAUCAUCGGCCCCACCUAGCCCUUCACGUGUCAAAUCUUUUUCUGACUCUCGUUCUGUUAAAGCUAAAACAAAGGAUGGGGAACGAAUAGACUUGUUCAAUAAAUAUGCAAACAAUGGUAUAAUUGAUCCAGAUGGAAUUAUGGUUCUUUGCAAGGAUCUGGAAAUGGAGCACACUGAUGUCAGGAUAUUGUUGCUUGCUUGGAAAUUGAAGGCAGCAAAGCUGGGUUAUUUUACCCAGGAUGAGUGGCAAAAAGGUCUUAAAACCUGUAAGGUUGACUCUCUUAGGUCACUGAAGAAAGCAGUUUCAGAACUGGGGAAAGAGGUUAAGGAGCCGUCACAACUUGAGGAUUUCCAUUCUUUUGCAUUCCGCUACCACUUAACAGAAGAGAAGCAAAAGUGUAUAGACAUUGAGACCAUCUGUGAAUUGCUAAAUCUUGUUCUAAGGUCCCAAUUCUGUCUCCAGGUUGAUUCGUUAAUUGAGUAUCUAAAGGUCCAGAGUGAUUACAAGGUGAUAAACUUGGAUCAGUGGGUGAAUUUUCUUCGCUUUUGCAGAGAGAUUAGCUUUCCAGAUCUUCAGAACUAUGAUGAAGCCCAAGCUUGGCCCUUGAUCCUUGACAGUUUUGUUGAGUGGUUGAGAGAAAAGCAAUAGAUAGUUUCGACAUCUAAUUGUGCUAUGCUUUUUUUUAUACAAGCACUUUGCAGAAUCCUUAACCAUGCUUGCUCUUCUAUAAACCACUUAUACCGGACAACUACAUGGAGACACGACAAUUACUCAAAAAAAAAUUUUCUGCAACAAUUUUUUUUUGAUAUUCGAUUGGUUAAUUGUUGAAUUUCUCCACUAACCGGUUUGAGUUCAAGAGCCAGUUUUGGUUAGAGUAAUCGCUGUAUAAGACUAGAUUUUCAAUCUAAAUAGUUAUAGCAUAUUCUGUUACAUUCUUUGUUCAGUUCUGUCUGUUUUACCUUCCAUCUGCCUGAUUCCAGGUGCUUUGAUUGUGUGGCCACUUUAA